AAAUGUUUCAAAAAACAAAGUGUCAAAAAAGCAACGCGGUACAUAACUUCCCUCGUUACAAAUAAAAAAAAAUAAGUUCACUCUAAAAAAAAAAAAUAGAAAAUAAUAUUAAAAAAAUCCCCCCUUCACUCCUUUAAAUACAAUAAAAUCCUGUCCCUUACCUUUAGCUCAAACAGUUGGAAUACCAAAUAAUUAAGACCCCAACACAAAAGCUGGUUUGGUUUUCAUUUAGAUUUUGGUUGCACAUAAAUAAAUUACUCACUACUUAAAUCAAAUAAAUCAACCCAGCUUUCACUUCUCCAUUGAAUCUCACAUUCCUAAGAUCACAACCAAAAUGUUUCCUACAUUGCUCAUAUUCACCACACUACUCUUUCUUUCCUUAUCCCCCUCCAAUGCCCAAAAACCCCCUCUUUAUGUCUUCGGCGAUUCGCUUUACGACGAUGGUAUGACUUUAUACAACGGUGUCAAAGGCGCGGGGGCCGAGUACUGGCCUUAUGGCGAAACUUAUUUUAAAAAACCGUCUGGUCGAUACUCUGAUGGACGUCUUAUCCCCGAUUUCAUUGCUCAAUUUGCUGGGUUGCCUUUUUUGCAACCCUAUUUGUUACCUGGGUUAAAAGAUUAUACCAAAGGAAUUAAUUUUGCUUCAGCUGGUGCUUGUGUUCUUGUUGAAACUCGUCCUCAAACGAUAAAUUUGAAGAGGCAAAUAGAUUAUUUUGUCCAAAUGGUGCAAAAAUUGAAGCAGCAGGUUGGAGAAGCGCAAGCUAAUAAGCUGUUAUCUGAAGCUGUAUACUUGUUUAACAUUGCUGGAAAUGACUAUGUUACCCUUCUUCAGAAGAAUGUUAAAAAGCUUCCUCUCUCCAAUUUCAAAAGGAAUCGCCAGAUGAAUAUGAUUCUUGGCAACCUCACUAUACAUAUUAAAACAAUCUAUAACCAAGGAGGAAGGAAAUUUGCAUUCCAAAACCUUGGCCCUCUUGGGUGUAUGCCAUCAAUGAAGUAUAUGCUCGCGUUCAAAGGAACAUGCGCACCGGAGCCGCAAGAACUAGCCAAGAUGCACAAUGCAAAAUUCGCCGCAUUGGCCAAGAGAUUGCAAAACAAUCUACCAGGGUUCAAAUACUCAAUUUACGACUUCUACACCUCCUUAUACCUCCGUGUUAUAUACGGAAGUAGAUACGGUUUUAGGGAAAGCGAAACAGCUUGUUGUGGAAGUGGAUCAUACAAUGGUGAUUUCACUUGCCAAAAGAAAGACCAAAGCUUCACUGUUUGUAGUAACCCAAGUGAGUACUUGUGGUUCGACGCUGCGCACCCGACAGACAAGGCUAAUCAAGCCUUCUCUAAAGAGUUCUGGAGUGGAGGAUCUAACCUUGUUGCUCCUUACAAUUUGCAAAAUUUGUUCGCCGCCAAUUGAGGAAAUUUAUAGGGAUUUUUGGGAUAUAUAUUUACCUCUUACACUCAAGUGUGAUCUAAGAUAAAAUGAGUGUUUGGGUUUAUUUUAUUUUAUUUUAUUGAUUAAUAUUAUUAUUACUAUUAUUUCUGGUACAUGUUGUAUGUUACACACACCAAUAGUUUUUUUUUUUUUUUUUUUCAAUUUUUACAUUUUUCUUCUUGGAAAAUUUGGGAGGACAUUAAAGGUGAAGUUGUAGGCUGUAAUAAGUGAGGGGUAAAGUGGUACGACGAAAUAUUGUAAUCAGCAAUAAAACGUCAAAAAGAAAUUGCAAAUGUUGAUAAAAUUUUACUUGAAUUUGGAAAUACAUGUAUUGAAUUCCUGUUUAGCCCCUCAAAGGCAAGAGCACAUGUAUAUUUGUGGUUUAGAAUAA